AUCAUUUUGUGGACGCUGGAGGACCACGGCGACGGAGUGACAGCCCACCGACUCCUCCAGCUCCUCCGCCAAGGAGGUGAGGUGACAGGGCUGCAGUGGGGAGGAGAGACGAACCACCAGGAGUCUGGGAGGAGCAGACAGACAGAGACGGGAGCAGAUGAGAAGAUCAGAGUCAGAGCACACAGUUAAUUCACUUAAGACAGAAUGGAGAAUUUAAUUUCCCUCCAAGAAAUCUCAUUAUUCCAGCAGGAAAGCUGUUUGAGAUUAAAGCUAACAGUGUGAUGGGCUGAGCUCUGUAGUUCAGUACAUCCUUACUGAAGAAUGGUUUUACUAUUUAAAGCCAAUACAUCUAUGAUCUUUGAAACAAAAAUCCGUUUUCAAUUCUUACAUAUAGCAUCGUUAUAUAAGGUGACUGAAGGCUGGAAUCCCAAGCAUGUAGCUCUGUCUUGAUCCACACUGCCUUUGUUAAACCCCUUACGUAAAGAAAAGCCUUUUAUUUGUCGGUUUCUGCAGUUUUCCUUUCCUGUAUUUCUCUUCCAGUCCUGGUGUCAGUACUGAAACCAACAAUUCAUUUUUCUACCAACUUCUGAAACAGGAUAAAGAGCAGACGCGACAAGAGCUGAAGCUGUUAGCUGGAUUCCAUCUCAGCCAACAUCUCAGACUGUCUCCUUCAUGUUCAAGUUCCCACCAGCACUCAUUGUCCAAAAGGACAACGUUUGGUUUCUCGUCUAUGUGGUUGGAGGAUUAUUGAUGACUGUCACCGCUGGGGGUCACUGUGUGGAGGUGGCUGUGAGGACGAGCCAAAACCGGGACAAGAUGUUGCAACUUCCCAACUUUCUUUUCCAACUAAUGGGCCUGGGACAGCGGACAUUUGUGGCCAGCAUACCACGACCCCAGAACAAAAGGCUCUACUUCACUGAGAGCUUUAAAAGCCUACACAGAGACACACAACCUGGGUUCCCUGGUUUGAUUAGAUUAAUAUAUCGUCCUGCUUCACCUGAGACACAUCUGAACCUGCAGUCAACUGGAGCAAACUCUGUUUCAGCUAAAAGAUGCAGGAUAUAUUACAUCCUGAUUGGUGGUUCAGGAGGUCGACCAGUUCUUACUCUGUGCCUGGGAACCAAGAGCAGGAAACUGAGGACAUACAGGCCGUUGAAUCAGCUGCAGUGGUUGGUGGACUUCAACAGGAAGUCUCAGGAUCAAGGAGACAAAAUUGUCCUCCUGGUGGAUGGACAAACCGCUCAAAACAGCUCAGAACCCGAGACCAAUGAGGAUUGGAUGGAGUGUCAGACCACAGGAUUAACUCUGGGGUUUUCUGCACUGCUGGUUCUUCUGCUGUGGAUGAUCCUGCCACACAUUGCACUUUGUGCAGUUAUCUUGUUAGUUUGGAAGAUGCAUCAACAAAUCCAUAGAGAGGAGCUGUUGAAAAUGUCCUCAAAGUAAAAAUGGAUGUGUUUGGACACACAUCCAUUUGUGUAUUAUGGUACGACUACAGCUGGAUAAAUGGACUGAAGACGAGACUAAUGAUUCAAAGAUGAGAUUAGAAACAGUAAAAAUGGGGAUAUACUGUAUCAAUUCAUAAUGUCUACACUUAAAUAGGACAAGAUACAACUGAAAAAAAAAUGCAACGUCAUAUAUGAAAUACCUAGCUGCUCUUGUACUAAAGUGUACAUCAGGGAAACAGGCAGCUGCUCAAAAAGGAGCAUCAGAAGGAUCCAGGAUCAGCCAUUUCAGACCAUAGUAAACCACAACCACUGAAUGAAUUGGGAGGAAGCCAUAAGAUAAGUAAACGUGCACACAGGACGAUGAACUGAGAUGAGGGCGCGUACAUGCUGCCACACACCAGGAGCACCACCGGGGGGAGGUGACCUGACAGCAGGAGGCGUUACUGGUCUGUCAAAUCUGAGAGGAAGAUCACGCCUAGCUGGCACGUCACCACCGACACCUGGUGACGGUCUGACGAAGGUGGAAGUAUC